AUGCUCGGCGCUGGUUUGUCCCAAGCCGAGAGUGAAGAAACCUUGCAGUUCCUCAAAAGCAACAUCGAAGUUUUUGCAUGGACACCAUAUGAUAUGCCAGGCAUUGACCCAAAGCUCAUCCAGCACUCCCUCAAAGUUUCAAAAUUAGCAAAGCCUGUGAUUCAGAAGCCUCAGCGGUCGGCAACUAUUCAUGCCGAUGCAAUUGAUCAAUUGGUAGAUACAACGGUGGGUCAUGCUCGGCUGAGUUUCUUGGAUGCUUAUCGAGGUUACCACCAGAUAGCCAUGGAUCCCGACGAUAUGGAAAAGACGGCAUUCAUCACACCCAGAGGCCUCUUCUGCUACCUAGUUAUGCCGUUCGGCCUUAAGAAUGCGGGGGCCACAUUUCAAAGAAUGGUAUACCUAUUGUUCGGAAUUCUCAUCGGCGAAAUCAUGGAAACUUAUAUUGACGAUAUGGUCGUCAAAAGUCUGAAAGCCGAGAACCACUUCUCUCAUCUUGCCGAGGUCUUUGCAAUCUUGAAGAAGCACAAGCUACGGCUUAACGCCGACAAAUGCGCCUUCGGAGUUAGCUCAGGGAAGCUCCUCGGCUACCUUGUUACUCGGCGGGCGGCUCUCAACAGGUUCAUUAGCCGCUCGUCAGAUAAAUGCCAUGUCUUCUUCCAAACUCUUAAGAAGCAAAGCCGACGAAGUUUCAAGUGGACGGAAGAUUGCGAUGCAACCCUCACCGAGCUGAAAUCUUAUCUUUGUUCGGCCCCUCUUCUUGUCAAACCUGUAGCUUUUGAAACUCUCCAUCUCUAUUUAGCUGUCUCUCCACAUGCCGUAAGCUCGGCACUUGUCCGACGGGAAGGCCUUGAGGACCAACCAAUCUACUUUUCUAGCCGAACCCUACUCCCAGCACAGACGAGAUAUUUGCCAUUGGAGAAGCUACUUCUAGCAUUGGUUACAGCAGCUCGGAAAUUGCUCCCUUAUUUUCAAGAGCACCCCAUCAUAGUUCUCACAGAGUUUCCACUUAAAAACCUCCUGAGGAAGGCUGACCUAUCAAGCAGAGUGUCCCAAUGGGCGGUCGAAUUAGCAAAUUUUGAUAUCCACUUUGAGCCUCGAACUGCAAUCAAGGCCCAAGUAUUGGCGGACUUCAUUGCUGAAUUCACCCCUAGAAGCCCGGACGAGGAAACAUUGUUCAAGCCUAAUUAUGGGAUGCUAGAACAACAAGAGGCUCGGAAAGCUUGGAACUUAUUCAGCGGAGACGUUUGGAAGUUGCACGUUGACGGGGCAUCAAACAGCAAUAGCGCGGGUGCAGGGGUUAUCCUUCUGAUCGUCAAUCAAGUAACAGGUGAUUAUGAAGCUCGGGACCCAAGAAUGAUUAAGUAUCAAGCUACCGCUCUAGAGCUAAUCCGAGGGUUCAAAGGAUUCCAAAUCGAACAGAUCAACAGAGAGAACAACGCUCAUGCCGACGCUCUGGCAAGUUUGGCCUCGGCAAGCAAAGCAUCUGAUUACCGACACAUCAACCUCGGCGAGAUCCACCAGCCAAGCUUCGAAGUCUCGGAAGAAGUAUUUAACAUUUCCCUCGGCCCAAGUUGGAUGGUUGAAAUCGUCUCGUUCCUCAAAGACGAUACGCUACCCACGGACAAAAAGGAGGCCCACCGUGUACGCAGUAAAGCAGCCUACUAUUGGAUCUUUGAGCACGGCCAACUCUACAGAAAAAGCUUCACAGGGCCAUAUCUAAGAGUGGUUCAUCCAACCGAGGUCCCAAUUAUUUUAACCGAACUUCACUCUGGAAGCUGUGGUUGUCACUCUGGCGGGCGCUCCCUCUGUCAAAGAGCUCUCAAUCAAGGAUACUUUUGGAAAGGAAUGAAGAAGGAUUGUGAAGAAUUGUGGGUUGAAGCCGAGCCAUUAGUCACAACGACUGAAACAGACGUUCGGCGAUUCGUUUGGAGGAACAUCGUCACAAGGUUCGGCGUGCCUUAUGCAAUUGUUUCGGAUAAUGGCUCCCAAUUCGUCGGAAAAGAGUUAACUGGACUCUGUGCUGAGUUCGGAAUUAGAUUCUUCAAUUCAACCCCAUCCUACCCCCAGGGCAAUGGCCUGGCCGAAGCCACUAACAAGACUGUCUGCGCUGGCAUCAAACGUCGGCUAGACUCUAAACGAGGAAAAUGGGCCGAGGAACUGCCUAGGGUCCUUUGGGCCUAUCGCUCCACUCCCAGACGCUCCACUGGCCAAACUCCCUUUGCAAUGGCCUUCGGCAUGGAGGCUGUCAUCCCACUGGAAUCAAGGUUCCCGACCCUGUGCACCGAAACUUUUGAUCUAGAAUCCAACAAUGAUGCAGUGGCAACCGAGCUUAUCUUAGUCGAAGAAAAGCGAGACGAUGCUCAGCUCAAGUUAGCCAACUAUCAGCAGGAAGUCGCUCGGGGCUACAAUCGAAGCGUAAGGCUUAAGAAGUUCAGAACCGACUACUGGGUCUGGAGGAAGCAACAACAUGAUCAAACAUAUUGGUUCAGCUAUGUUCAUAAUUUGACUUGA